AUGCAAUUUAGUGUGGCGGUUCGAGAAACCACCACAAUUACGCGCGAACUACCCGGUAGACGCGCAAACGAAUUCUCACGCGCGGAGCACGUGAAACCCGCGCGCGAUCACCGCGCGAGCCACGAAGGCUCGCCGCGAGGCGGCCACAACGAGAGUCGGCGCCAGCAAGUGAGAUCCAGCCCGAUAGUCAGUCCGAGCCUACGAAUUCUUUUGGGAAAGCGACAGCCUACGCUGCCUCCGACAUUACCGAAGGACCUUAGUCUUCCUCGACCACAGCUGCCUCCCAUAUCACCCGGGACUAGUCGGGAGCCCCCCUGUGAGGGAGAAAGGACACCAGGACUUACAGGCGACCGAGCGUGUACGAGUUUCAGAGAGUGGAGGCUACAUCCGAUAGAUCUGGCGCCGGUGCAAUACACCAGACUUCCACGCUUCUUCCUGAACCCGUGGGACAUCCGGGUACGGCGAUACACUUCACCAUCGACGCCGUGGGACCUGCCGCCGCUACUUUCACCGCUAGCGGCCUCACCACUCCGCCUCCGAGAUAGUUGGACACAGUCGCAGCCGGCCAUACGCAUACAUCGCGGUACUCAAUGUCCCUCACUGGAAUUGACGGACAGCGCUACACAACCCGACAGUGAUUGGGAGACCACGACUCAGAAUACGGCCACGCAGACGGAGACGGUCAGCAAAGAGCCCAGCUACACGCCACCAGGGACUCCGGCGCGUACCCUCACCUGUGCUGCCGUAUAUCGGUUCCCUCCGAAUCACCACCACCGAGCCACGUAUCACUUGGCGGAAACGCUCUCAGCGUUAGCCCUUAACCGGCCCUUUUCAGGGCCACCUGAACUUAGUGUAUUAAGAAUUGUACAUAUACUUUGGACACAGUCGCAGCCGGCCAUACGCAUACACCGUGGUACUCAAUGCCCAACCUUGGAAGUGACUGACAACGCUACACAACCCGACAGCGAUUGGGAGACCACUACGCAGGACACGGCCACGCAGACGAAGACAGCUUGCGAAGAACACAGCUACACGCCACCCGGGACUCCAUCGGUACUCAGACGCGUACCCUCGCCCGUGCUACCGUAUAUCGGUUCCCUCCGAAUCACCACCACCGAGCCACAUCUGGCGCCGGUGCAAUACACCAGACUUCCACGCUUCUUCCUGAACCCGUGGGACAUCCGGGUACGGCGAUACACUUCACCAUCGACGCCGUGGGACCUGCCGCCGCUACUUUCACCGCUAGCGGCCUCACCACUCCGCCUCCGAGAUAGUUGGACACAGUCGCAGCCGGCCAUACGCAUACAUCGCGGUACUCAAUGUCCCUCACUGGAAGUGACUGACAACGCUACACAACCCGACAGCGAUUGGGAGACCACUACGCAGGACACGGCCACGCAGACGAAGACAGCUUGCGAAGAACACAGCUACACGCCACCCGGGACUCCAUCGGUACUCAGACGCGUACCCUCGCCCGUGCUACCGUAUAUCGGUUCCCUCCGAAUCACCACCACCGAGCCACGCCCGAUAGUCAGUCCGAGCCUACGAAUUCUUUUGGAAAAGCGACAGCCUACGCUGCCUCCGACAUUACCGAAGGACCUUAGCCUUCCACGACCACAGCUGCCUCCCACAUCACCCGGGAUUAGUCGGCAGCCCUCCAUCGAGGGAGAGAGGACACCAGGAUCUGCAGGCGACCAAGCUUGCACCAGCUUCAGGAAGUGGAGGCUACAUCGUAUAGAGCUGGCGCCGGUGCAAUACACCCGACUUCCACUCUUCUUCCUGAGCCAAUGGGACAUCCGGGUACGGCGAUACACUUCACCAUCGACGCCGUGGGACCUGCCGCCGCUACUUUCACCGCUAGCGGCCUCACCACUCCGCCUCCGAGAUAGUUGGACACAGUCGCAGCCGGCCAUACGCAUACAUCGCGGUACUCAAUGUCCCUCACUGGAAUUGACGGACAGCGCUACACAACCCGACAGUGAUUGGGAGACCACGACUCAGGAUACGGCCACACAGAUGAAGACGGUCAGCAAAGAGCCCAGCUACACGCCACCAGGGACUCCGGCGCGUACCCUCACCUGUGCUGCCGUAUAUCGGUUCCCUCCGAAUCACCACCACCGAGCCACGUAUCACUUAGCGGGAACGCUCUCAGCGUUAUCCCUUAACCGGCCCUUUUCAGGGCCACCAGAACUUAGAUAA